UCACUGUCUUUCCCUCCUUGGACAGGUCUCCAUGGCCAGAGGCAGCAGAUGGCCAACAGCAGCUCCAGCACCCACUUCCUCCUGCUGCCAUUCCCAGGCACAAGGCAGCUGCAGCUCCUGCACUUCUGCCUCUUCCUGGCCAUCUACGUGGCUGCCCUGCUGGGCAAUGGCCUCAUCAUCACCACCAUAGCCUGGGACCACCACCUUCACACCCCCAUGUACUUCUUCCUCCUCAACCUCUCCAUCCUCGACUUGGGCUGCAUCUCUACCACAGUCCCCAAAUCUAUGACAAAUUCCCUUUGGGACACCAGAGUCAUCUCCUAUGCAGGAUGUGCUGCACAAGUAUUUUUCUUUCUCUUCUUGAUUUCAACAGAGUAUUUUCUCCUCACCACCAUGUCCUAUGAUCGCUAUGUUGCCAUCUGCAGACCCCUGCACUAUGAGACCCUCCUGGGCAGCAGAGUUUGUCUCGACAUGGCAGCAGCUGCCUGGGCCUGUGGGGCUCUCAAUGCUCUGCUGCACACAGCCAAUACAUUUUCCCUGCCCCUAUGCCAGGGCAAUGCUGUGGACCAGUUCUUCUGUGAAAUCCCCCAGAUCCUCAAGCUCUCCUGCUCCACAUCCUACCUGAGGAAAAUUGGGCUUAUUAUGGUCACUAUCUGCCUAGCAUUUGGCUGUUUUGUGUUCAUUGUGGUGUCCUAUGUGCAGAUCUUCAGGGCAGUGCUGAGGAUCCCCUCUCAGCAGGGACAGCACAAAGCCUAUGCCACCUGCCUGCCUCACCUGGCUGUGGUCUUCCUGUUUAUCACCACUGGCAUCUUUGCUUACCUGAAACCCCCUUCCAUGUCCUCCCCUUUCUGGAACCUUAUUGUGUCAGUCCUGUACUCAGUGGUGCCUCCAGCAGUGAACCCUCUCAUCUACAGCCUGAGGAACCGGGAGCUGAAGGCUGCCCUCAGCAAACUGAUUACUCGCUGGUGUGUGGAGCAAUAA